GUAUUUCCACUAGUGCGAACUGGUAGUCGUGCGUUGCCUGAGGUCGAAUGAUUUUGGCGAGAUAUUGUUAAUUUUCUUAUGAACGAUUUUUUUAGUGAGCUAGUUCUGUUUUAGUGUUUUUGUGUGUUCAAUAGGACGUGUGAAAAUGGCUCUAAGAAGAAACGGGCGAACAGCUCAGUAUUUGAUAUCGUUAGCAGUGUCCUUAGCUGCCAUUACGGCAGGAGUGUCCGUUUACUGGAGUACGCCGAUGAUACCAAAGUUUCACAGCCAUGAAGCCGCUAUAGAGAUUACACAAGAAGAAGCAUCGUGGGUGGCAUCUCUUUCAUCACCAGGCUAUGUCGUGGGAAGUUUGGCUUCUAGUUUCGUCGUGGAUCGCUUCGGGAGACGCGCUGCCAUUAUUGGCAGUGCCGUACCUAUGGCUGUUGGAACGAUUAUAUUACAAAUCGCUACUAAAGCUUGGAUGCUUUACAUGACUAGGCUCAUUUGGGGAUUUUCAACGGGAAUUUUUAUGACGGUGUCCUUUAUAUACUUCGUAGAAAUAGCCGACAAAGAGAUAAGAGGGAAACUCUCUGUAGCUAUUCGAUUCAUGUUUAACUUCGGCAGUUUCCUCGUUGUAUCUGUGGGCUCUUUCGUCUCAUACACCACAUUGAACAGAAUGCUGAUAGUAUUGCCUAUAGGUCACUUUGUGGCCUGUUGGUUUAUACCGGAAACUCCGCAUUUCUACAUAAAGGAGGGUAAAGUUGAAGCCGCUGAGAAAUCGCUGCAGUUGCUGCACGGAUGUAAGGAUCAAAACAGCCGUCUUGAGUCACUUCGAUCGGACGUGAAGAAGCAAACUCGUCGUCCGGGCACAUUUAAAGAAUUGUUUACUGGCGAACAAUACAGACGAGCUAUAGUCAUUGUCAUUGGUAUUAAAACGACACAGAUCAUGUCUGGGUCGCUUCCCAUCCAACAAUACGCCGGCCUUAUUAUCCAAGAGAGUCACGCGGAUAUUCCUCUAUCUGCUGCUUUGAUUAGCUUCGGUGCUGUCAGAUUUGUUGCAGGUAUAAUUUCAUCGUAUCUAGUCGAUAAAGUAGGGCGUCGCCCUCUGCUAAUAGUUACAUAUAUCUGCACAGGCGUGACUCUAAUCAUCGUCGGAAUUUACUUCUACUUUCAAGAAGUGGUCGGCAUUGAUAUCGAAGCGUCUAGUCCUUUGAGAUACAUCCCAUUUGUAGGUGUAUUCCUCAGUAUUAGUUUGUCCACAAUCGGCUAUGACUCUCUGGUAUACAUAAUUCCGGCUGAAAUAUUUCCGAUUAACGUCAAAUCUCUAGCUAUUACUUAUUUGAAUAUAUAUGGCGGUCUAAUGAAUUUCCUAGCUGUGAAAGGAUUUCAGAAUAUGAGGGACUGGACGGGUCUUUAUGGCGUGUUCUGGUAUUUUGCGGCAUUUGCUCUGUUGGGCGGGACGUUCUCGUUUUUUAUGGCGCCAGAAACAAAAGGUAAAAGCCUCAGGGAGAUAUUGAUUGAACUGCAAGGAGACUUAUACGAGGAACCAGAAGAAAGAAAAUUAAACGGUACUAAGGGUGAUGUUCAAAAUAGGGGCGUCAAAGAAAGUUGUGAAUUAACAGAAUUAGCGUGUAAAAAUGAAGAGAACAAUAGGAAUAGUACUGGAGAUUCGUGAAUCAAAUGCAGAAACAUUCUAGAAAAUUAUGUACAUACACUACGAAGUUUUUGGC